AUGUAUGUGAAAUGGUUUGAUACAGGAAUGGUGUAUGUGAUUUUAGUGAAUGUCACUUUUUCACAUUUUUAAAUUUCCCGCCAGUUCCAUCCCCUGUGACGUCCUGAUGUUGGCAUCUGCCGGAGGACAUUGCCGAGGACACUGCAGGAGGGACACAUCGUGGGAGUGCAGGACAAGGUAAGUGAAGAAGAGAUCCCGGAGCAACGCUGCAGUGUAUUCCCGAGUGUAGCUCGGGGUUACCGUUGUGGUGCUGAAACUUUACCCCGAGCUACACUCGGGAAUACCUCCAGGGGGGGAUAA